CCAAAGAACAAGUCAAAUCAAGACAAAGAAUGUUUUCUUCUUUCACAUUUAACCUAAAGCCUUUUAACACCUUGAAUUCCCUUAACAAAAUCUUCAAUAAUCCAUUAAAGGAUCUCUCAUUUCUUUGUUUUCUUCUCUCUUUUUCUCGAUAAUCGUACUGUCCAAACCAGCUUGCAUCCAUCUCGACUAAUUCCACAGAAACAAAACUCAAUGCCUUGGAGUCCAACGGACAUUGUAGGCACUCAAUUGGUGUUUUUUGAUGAUCAUGGAGGCUAUGGAUUAGACGAAUUGUUACGAUCAACGGCCGGAGUUUUAGGUAAGGGAGUUUUCGGGACGAGUUAUAAGUCGGAGUUGCCAGGGAAAAAUGCAGUAGCUGUGAAAAGAUUGAAGGUUGGUUGCUUAGCUGAGGAAGAAUUCAGAGAUAAAAUUGGUGAAGUAGGAAAGAUGGUUCAUGAAAAUUUGCUUCCUCUUAGAGGAUAUUGUUGGCAUCAGAAUGAAAUUCUUCUUGUAUAUGAUUAUGUUAGAAUGGGAAGCUUAGCUUUUCGUUUACAUGGGAAUGAAGGUAGGAGCAAGGCCUCACUUACAUGGGAAGUAAGAAGUAGCAUUGCUUAUGGGGUUGCCCGUGCAAUUGAAUUUCUCCAUUCCCGAGGCUCGGAUUUCUGCCAUGGAAACAUAAGAUCAUCCAAUGUUUUCCUCACCGACUCCUUAUCAGGUGUUCGUCUCUCUGAAUUUUCCAUUGCACGAAUUCUCUCUUCAGAUACAAAACUAGAGCUCGUGGCUGGUUAUCGCGCACCAGAAGUGACAAAUGCUCAUGAAGUCUCACAAAAGUCAGAUGUCUAUAGCUUUGGUGUUCUGCUCUUGGAACUAUUAACUGGUAAAGCUCCACUAGAUGCAUUUACCAAGAACAAAGGAGUAGAUUUACCUAAGUGGAUCCGUUCCAUGUUUCAAGAGAAGCCGGUCAUCGAUGUUUUUGACACCCUGCUACCUAAACAUGACCAGAGUAGUGCUGAGCAAAUGGUCCUUCUGUUACAGCUUGCAGUUUGCUGUACUUUUCAGUAUCCAAAUAAAAGACCUUCAAUGGCUGCAGUGACAAAACAGAUAAGGGGUACCUGCAGGUUUCAUUGAUGACAGCACAAUAAACAACAACAUAAUAGUUGUUUUUAUCUUACCAUAUGUGUUUACAAAUAUGAUAGUUUUGGAUCCAUCUCGUCUCCAUUUCCCCCCACGUUCCUUCUUGGAUGUGUGAGUGUGGGAUACUUGUCUUAUUUAACUACUGUUCUGUAUAUAUUCGAAAGAUCAUAAGGAAUUUUCCUAA